AUGGACAAUGACAAGCGACCUAUCAGCGAGGUUGAUGAUCCCGAAACAAGGCGAGGGAAGAAAUCCCUUCCUAAAGCUAUUGAGCCCGAAAUAAUUCUCGCUAGGCCUGAUGGCUUGAGAGACCGUAGAUGGUGGAGUUUGAUUGCAGCAUAUCUGUCGUUGAAAGAGGCAUCUGAAGAAUCCAAUGGAAGAAACGACAGUUUGUAUUCGACCAAACUGGCCCCUAUCUCAUUUGGUGUUGAUUCAUCUCCAAUCUUGUGCUUUGGCAUGAUACAUAAUGCGACUGCGAAAGUCUUGAAUGUGGAAGAUUUCUCCCAGCUGAAUAUUGAAAAAGCUUGUUCGGUACCUAAUCUCUCACAACUCUACUUGUCAUUCAAGAGCGAUGCAGUAAUUGCCGGAAUAUCUGAAGCACAACCUCUGGCCGUCUUGAGCGAAGCGACCUCUGAAGUGCUGCGAGAUCUUUCUUCGAUGAGAACUUGUCGUUUUACAGUCUAUGUCAACACAGAUCCUAGAAUUGAGAUACCGCCAGACAAAGAUGCCAAAGGGCAGAAAACUCUUUCCGUAAAGCUAGACAUUGUACUGUAUGGUUCAGAUGAAAUCUGCAGCAGUGUUGGGAUCUUUCUUUCUCGCGCCCGGAUUUAUCUACAGCAUCCUUGCUUUCAAGAACCUGAUACGGAAUAUAACAAUCCUCAUGUUCUAGACCUAUCUCAACUAUCUGCGCAGCCUGGUGUUUCUGAACCGGAAAAUGCAGUAGUCGAACCUGCCACAAACAUUCCUAGCGACAUAGCAAUUCCUGCCGCUGAAGAACAAGACACUGUCGGUGCAGCCGAAGUAAAGAAAAAGAUAUCAAAUGUUUUCAACUCUUUAACUCGGUAUAAAUCGUUGACGAGGCUGGAAGCAGACAUUAAAGUCACAACACCACUUCUUCCACACCAGCAAGAGGCUCUAGACUUUAUGAUGCAGAGAGAACUCGGUCCCGUGCCCUCGCAAUAUUCAAUUUGGUCCAGGUGCACCAGAGAUAAAGAAACGUUCUAUGAGAACAAAAUCACUGGCCUGAGGACAGAUCUUGUUCCCAAUGAGACUGUUGGCGGAAUACUUGCUGAUGAUAUGGGUUUGGGCAAGACCUUGACUGUGAUAUCCACGAUACUUCGCACUGCGAACCUCGGGAAACAAUUCCAGGAGAAGGGAAAGCACACAGAGAACACGGCGAAAGGCGAUCAAGCGGCUCAAAAGCGAGUCAAUUCAAGAGCAACUCUUGUUGUUGUCCCGAGUCCUCUCUUGAUUGAUGGGUGGCAGAGAGAAAUCGAAGCACAUUGCGAUGGCUCGUUGAAUGUUAAUGUUUACCAUGGCCGAGGUCGAGAAGUCAGCCCAGACGCGCUCGCAGAUUGGGACAUCGUCCUGAGCACAUACCAUACUAUUGCUGCCGAAAUGCUCGAUGAACACAGCCCAUUGUACAAUGUAACAUGGUUCAGAAUCGUAUUAGACGAAGCUCAUAUCAUUCGGCGAAUGAGUACUAAACUCUUCCAGUCAAUGGCGAAGCUAGAAGGAAAGUUUCGUUGGUGUCUAACAGGAACACCAAUUCAGAAUGGAUUAGAAGAUCUGGCAUCAUUAGCUGCCUUCAUCAAAUGCUUCCCAUUAGACAGUCUUCCAGAAUUCCGACAACCACAUCGUCUCCCCGCUCCUGAAAGGGACAAACGAAGGAAUACAAAGACUCCAAACUCUUCUGGACUCGAUAUGCUUACGGAGAACAAAAAAGCUUCUGAAUCUCCCGGAUAUCAUUGA